AUGGCCUCCUUCAACCGGGAACGCGUCGAACACGCGUUGAACGAGCUGCUCGUCCGCAUUGUGCCCGAAUUUCCCGACGAGGACGAGGAGGUGGCCAACGAGCGCUACGAUGUCGCCUACGACCACGCCUACAGGGAGCUCAGCGAGGCGGGCGACGUGCACCUUGUCGCCGACAUCAACCACGUCGCCAGCCAGAUCGACCGACGAUUGCUGUCCGACGCGGGCGGAGCGCAGAAGAGCGCACGCUUCAACAACCUCCUGUCCCGGCUGGUGUCGCAGCCGGUGCUCGACCAGAAAUGGCGCAUGCUCUAUUUCCUCCACGAGCUCUCCGGCAUACCGCGAGCACCCGAAGCCUCCGAGCGCCGUGGUCGUCUCCGUGAGCCUGGCACCCCCCCGCGGCAUGAAGCCACCAGUGGCAGCCCAGCGUUCCGCGACGCCUUCGCACGGCCCGGUCUCUCGCAGUUACCUGUCAACGAAGGAGGUCCCGACGAAAUGAUCAAGGCGGCCGCGGUUCGUUCGGCCGCGGUAGCAAGGUCAGAAAGGCCAGAAAGACAGCGCGAACGGCGGAUACAAGACUCGGCACCAGAGCGCCUUGGCGACGGGGAGCAAGCAGACGGGACAGAAGGCCCAACUGAGCCUGCGCUUCUGCGAGACUUGCCCUUCACGCUGCAGGGCCUAUCGUCCACCAAUCUCGCCUUCUCGUCGUCCACCGUCAUCAAACUACCGCCGUCUCUACCAGUGCCUCUCGUGAGCCUGCUUCACACCCUGGCCGAACCCUCUCUGCUAUAUCGCGGGCUUUCAGAAUUCGUCGAGUCGACCGAAGGUGGACUGGUCGGACAGAGUUUCCGCUCGGCACUAGGGAAAGAGCUGAGGUCGUAUCUAGGCCUCGUCGCCACCUUGGAAGGCCAAAUUCGGAGGGCCCUAGCACAGCUGGACGAAGCGCAACCGCAUCAUGGCAUUGGAAAGGCUGGUGUGACGCUCAAGCGCUGCGUCAUAUGGACUCGUGAAGCCACCCAAGGACUUCGCCUGAUGAGCCUGAUGGUGGAAGAAUCCAAACGAAAGAAGGGCGGCGCUCUCAUAUCACUCAUACACUCAUUCUCUCUUUCUCACGGCGAUCCUUACGUUGGAGCAUUUGCUGAGCGACUGCUAUCGCAUGUUACACGCCCGUUUUACGACAUGUUGCGACAAUGGAUCUACGACGGCGAGCUUGCAGACCCAUUUGGCGAAUUUUUCGUUUACGAGCAGAGCGAAGAGGAGAUCAAUGAAGCAGCGUUAGCCAACAGCAACGAAGGCAAGGGAGGUGCGACCAGCGUCUGGGAAGACAAGUACAAGCUAAACGACAACAUGAUACCAACCAUCAUCACGCAAGAAUUUGCAAACAAAGUCUUCUUGAUAGGAAAGACCCUCAAUUUCAUUCGUUACGGCUGUGGAGAUGCAGCGUGGGUGGACACCUAUUCAAAGGAGGCAUCCAAAGAGCUGCACUAUGGCGACACGGCCAACCUGGAGCAGUCAAUUGGCGAUGCAUACAAGACUACAAUGGCCCGGUUAAUCGAUUUGAUGGCGAACAAGUUCAAAUUGUUUGAGCAUCUACAAGCGCUAAAGAAAUACCUACUUCUUGGCGCCGGAGAUUUCAUCGCAGUCCUAAUGGAAUCCUUGUCGGCAAACCUUGAUCGUCCCGCGAAUACGCAGUACAGACAUACACUAACGGCACAACUGGAGCACGCCGUGCGGAAUUCCAACGCACAGUUUGAUUCGCCCGAUGUAUUGCGUCGACUCGAUUCUCGCAUGCUGGAGCUCUCCCAUGGCGAAAUCGGCUGGGACGUCUUCACGCUCGAAUACAAGAUAGACGCGCCUGUGGAUGUAAUUGUUACGCCCUUUGGCUCGAAGCAGUAUCUCAAAGUAUUCAACUUCCUGUGGCGCGUCAAACGCGUCGAGUUUGCCUUGGGCUCAACGUGGCGACGCUGCAUGACCGGUGCUCGGGGCGUGCUGGGCACAGUAUCUGACAAGGUCGGUUCAGACUGGAAAAAGGUCCGCUGUGGUAUUGCAGAGAUGGUCCAUUUCAUCGAUCAGCUGCAAUACUACAUUCUUUUCGAAGUCAUAGAAGCAUCGUGGAAUGAGCUCCAGGAAGCUUUGCACAAGCCAGAGAGUACGCUCGACGACAUGAUAGAAGCACAUGCCAAGUACUUGAAUAGCAUUACACGGAAAGGUCUAUUAGGAAGCCAAAGCACAGAUUUCACAGGACAGCUCCAUGAGCUCCUGAAGACGAUGCUCGCAUACAAAGAUGCCGUUGACGGUCUCUAUUCAUUCUCUGUCGCCGAAUUUACUCGGAUCCAGGAGCAAGCCGCGAGAGUCGAAACGCGCACAGCAGCAGGCCACUGGGGUCUGACCGACAGAGACACAUCCUCACCUGAUCCGUUUGCAAACAAACGCGCCUCACGUUCAGAUGCCGGUUCUCCCUUUCCACCGCCUCUGCUCAAGAUCGGCGACGCUGGUGCUAGUGAAGACGACGUUCUUCCUGCCCUACGCAAGCGACUAGCACACUUGAUCAAAGAUUUCCGCGCAAGGAUUACGAUCCUUUUGGGAGACUUGAUACAUCAGCCUGAUCAUGACAUGCGCUGGUUGGCCAUGGUGAUGAAUUUCAACGAUGUGUACCAACCGAAGAGGCGGCAUAGCCAUAGGCGGGAAAAGAAGCGGGAAAAGGAGAAGGAGACUCCCUCUGCGGCUGCACCGAAGGCUAGCGGUGGAAAAAGUACCUCUUGA